GCUAUGAACACCGCAUCUCACUGCACGGUCGACAUACUCUCCUUUUUAUUUUAAGUCGACUCCCUCACUGUCUCUUUCAACGGCGUAUAAAAGGGAAAUCAUAUACUGCUGUUGAAAACAUUCACUCGAAUCUUGGAGCUUUUUCACUAAAAUAUAGGAGAAGAUGAAUAAUCUGUUUCGAAGGGCGUCAUCACAGAUUUGUUCAUACACAAAAAAUGUUGGAGGUUCUAGAAGUGUCCUGGUGAGGUGGACUAGUACAGAAGCUGUACAAACUGCUGAUUCUGCAGUUGAUCAUAAAGGGUAUAAGGGACAUGACAUGUUGGCUCCUUUUACUGCUGGAUGGCAGACUGAUGAUUUGCAUCCCUUGGUAAUACACAAGUCUGAGGGUUCAUAUGUGUAUGACAUUAAUGGGAAAAAGUAUCUUGAUUCUCUUGCUGGUUUAUGGUGCACAGCUUUAGGGGGGAGUGAAUCAAGGCUUGUUGAUGCUGCAACUAAACAGCUAAAUACGUUACCUUUCUACCACUCCUUUUGGAAUCGUACCACAAAACCCUCUCUGGAUCUUGCAAAAGAGCUUCUUGAAAUGUUUACAGCAAGUAAAAUGAAGAAAGUCUUUUUCACAAACAGUGGCUCUGAAGCUAAUGACACUCAGGUGAAACUUGUAUGGUAUUAUAACAAUGCACUUGGAAGGCCAAACAAGAAGAAAUUCAUUGCUAGAUCUAAAUCAUACCAUGGGUCAACUCUCAUAUCCGCUAGUCUUUCUGGUCUUCCAGCAUUGCAUCAGAAAUUUGAUCUGCCUACUCCAUUUGUUUUGCAUACUGAUUGUCCCCAUUAUUGGAGAUACCAUCUUCCAGGUGAAACAGAGGAUCAGUUUUCCACAAGAUUAGCAACCAAUUUGGAAAAUCUAAUUCUCAAAGAGGGACCAGAAACGAUUGCUGCAUUUAUUGCAGAACCAGUUAUGGGAGCAGGAGGUGUGAUACCUCCACCUGAAGGUUAUUUUGAGAAGGUCCAGGCUGUUGUUAAAAAAUAUGAUAUUUUAUUCAUAGCUGAUGAGGUAAUCUGUGCAUUUGGAAGAAUUGGAACUAUGUUUGGAUGUGAUAAGUACAAGAUUAAACCUGAUCUUGUCUCCAUAGCAAAGGCUCUUUCCUCUGCAUAUAUGCCUAUUGGAGCUGUUCUUGUUAGCACAGAAGUUGCAGAUGUCAUAUCUUCUCAAAGCAAUAAACUCGGUGUACUUUCUCAUGGAUUCACCUAUUCCGGACAUCCUGUAGCUUGUGCUGUUGCGUUAGAAGCCCUCAAAAUUUACCAGGAGAGAAACAUUGUUGAUACAGUAAAUAAGGUGGCACCAAAGUUUCAAGAGGGUUUAAAAUCCUUUUCCUCAAGUCCUAUAAUUGGAGAGAUAAGGGGAACGGGAUUAAUUUUGGCUACAGAAUUUGCGGAUAAUAAAUCACGCGACACUCCCUUUCCUCCUGAAUGGGGGGUAGGUGCGUACUUUGGAGCAGAAUGUCAGAAACAUGGGAUGUUAGUACGUAUUUCGGGUGACAUCAUCAUGAUGUCACCACCAUUUAUAAUUACAUCCGGUGAAGUUGACGAGUUGAUAAGCAUAUAUGGGAAAGCAUUAAAGGCAACUGAAAUGAAGGUAGAAGAACUGAAAAAAUCUCAGCAAUAAGUUAAGUAUUACUUGACAAUUAUGAAAAGGGUAAUAUUUUGGUAUAGGGAAAAAAUUAAGCAAAAUAUUUCUAGACGUUGUUAUAAUAAUAUAUACUGUUGGUGGUGUAUAUGUGCAUGUAACUAGGAAACGACAUUUAUUAGAAAAAAAAAAUUAUUUGAUAAGUAAAACAUUUUUAUGGCUCUUUAUUUGUUUGAUUAUCGUAUGUCAAGUUAGACUAGGUUGAUGAAUCAGUCUAGAAAAGUUAAUAGUGUUGUUUUCAUGGAUUUGGGUGUGUUAUGUUAAUAGAUAAAGUUGAUUCUCACU